CGUCCGGACAGAGGUGUACGCUCGACGGUUCCAAGUAGUGACUAGAGACGGACCAGCACCCAGUUGUUCUUUUUCUUGAUCGGAGGAUUCCAGUCGUCACCAUGAGAGCCGUGUGCAUUGCGCUGAUCGCCUUGGUCGGCGCGGCCGCCGCCAAGAUUAGCAUUCCACUGACGAAGAUGAAAAUCUCCCCGGUGACGAACAUGUACCACAACACUUCCGAAGGCUACAUCGCACCCCUGAACUACACUCAGCUCCAGUACUACGGUUACAUGACCAUCGGAACUCCGCCCCAAAACUUCAGUGUCAUCUUCGACACUGCCUCCAACCUGACCUGGGUGCCCUCCAUUGGUUGCAGUGUGGAACAGUGCCAGGAUCGCCCGCUGUUCGACAACAGCCACUCGUCGUCGUACAGGCCCUACGGCAUCUGGGUGAGCGCCCCCUACAUCGGAGGUGGCAGCAUCCUGGGAACCGCUGCCCGCGAAACCAUCAACAUCGCCGGCAUCAAGGUCGUCGACCAGCUGUUUGUCGAGGCUACCGUCAUUGACCCUAAGAUCUACAACGGUGUGAAGUUCGACGGCGCCGUCGGUCUGAGCAUUGAGUCGCGCUUCCUGUCCGAGCACUGGUCCAUCUUCGACCACAUGUUCUGGAGCCAACUCCUCCCUCAACCAGUGUUCGCCUUCUACUUCCACCCGACCGUCAACGGUACCGACGGCGAGUUCGUGCUCGGCGGCAUCGACAAGUCGCACUACGAGGGAGACCUCACAUAUGCCCAGAGUGCCACCGAUGAGUGGAUCAUCCGCUUCCAGGGCAUCAAGAUCGGCCAGCGCUGGAUUCAGACCGAUGACCUCUACGCCAAGCCGGUGUCCACCCUGCCGUUCAUCUAUGGUCCCCAGCAGCAGAUUGAUCUGAUUCACAAGACCCUGAACGCUUCCAGCACCUCCCACGGCGAGUACACCGUUGACUGCGAAGACAUCCCGACCUUGCCCAUCAUCAGCAUCAAGAUUACCAGCAGGAACUUCGAUCUUCGUCCCCAGGAUUACAUUGUCAAGGUGAACUCCACUUGCUACUCCGGCUUCAUCGUCGACACGGCACACCAGCUGCCCGGUGGCUCCACCUGGCUGCUUGGCCAGAACUUCCUCCGCCGCGUCUACACCAUCUUCGAGACCGGCAUCUUCCUGUGGGACAAGCGCCUUGCCUUCGCUUACGCCCGCGAGACUGAGUACUAAGUGGAGAGAGCGCAAUAACAACUGGACUCGGUUGAGCACUAUUUUGAGCGAGGGCGCUUGUGGAAAUAGCUGCCGAAUGCAAUUUGCGAUUGGUUUCUUCUUCUGAUUUCUUGAAUAAAAUUAGCCUUGGAGAACUAAG